ACAGUGUCGAUUCGCUGUUCAUGAAACUGAAAAAUGUGCAACAGAGAAAGAAGUGAUAUAUUUUUGGUUCGAUGAAAUGAAAUCGUUCAUGGAGUGAAUAGAAUAACAUAAAAUUCGUGGAAUGUAAUUUUUCUUUAAAUACAUCAUUGAGAAUAAGCAUGAAUGUUUUUGUUUGAAAACUUAAUGAAGUGUAAACCGCUCCCAACGCAUUGCUGUCAACUUUUACGAAACUACGAAAUCAAGACUACGCACAACAGCCCAUUUCAAACAAGGCAUUUCAUUUGCUAACCGACAUUCACUCACUCAGAUCUCGUCUGAAACGUAUAUAUUUGUUCUAUUUUAACUUUCCAAUUUAUUUUCGCGUAUUUGUCUGAGUUUUUAGAAGAAAAAAUUGUUAUUCUGUUGUAUUACAUAUCAUUAAUGACGAGAGAGUAGAAAACUUUUGUAAAAGUGUUUUUUUUUUCGAACUUAAAGUGUUCUGCAUCGACAAAGUGAAAAUUCUUCACAAAAUCAUUGUGCAUUGUUGUUGUAUAUUAAACUGAUUUGCUAGUAAUCAAACACAAUGGCAUCGGAUGAUACAGUAAAAGUGGCCGUUCGGAUUCGGCCGAUGAUUGAUUUAGAGAGAGGCCGUGGUUGUCGAAGUAUUGUGAGCAAAACAGCAACACAACCGCAGGUUGUUGUGAGCUCUGGUAUAAAAACAUCUGAGAUGUACACAUACAACUAUGUUUUUGCACCAGAAGAUACGCAAGAGAUGAUCUACGAAAAUGCCGUGAGAACGAUGGUGCUACAGCUGUUCGAUGGCUACAAUGUGACAAUUCUUGCAUAUGGUCAAACUGGCAGCGGGAAAACGCAUACCAUGGGAACAACAUUCAACGGAGUCGAAGACGAAGAGAUGGGUGUGAUUCCCCGUGCUGUCGGUGAAAUAUUUAAUAAGAUCAUAACGAUGGAGACAGACGUCGAUUUCACCGUGAAUAGUUCAUUUGUGGAAUUAUAUCAAGAGAAAUUAUAUGAUCUGCUAUCGUCAAAUCAACGAGAACAAAGUAUCGUCGAUAUUCGAGAGGUUGAGGGUAAAGUGAUAAUACCGAACUUAACCGAGAAGAUAGUUAAGGACACAGAGUCCACGUUCAAGUGUUUGAUGGAAGGCUCAAAGCAACGUGCAGUGGGAGCAACCAAAAUGAACAAUGAAUCAAGUAGAAGCCAUGCAAUAUUCACCAUAACCGUGCAAAAGAUACCGAAGGACGAUCCAGCUUCGGCUACAAUUGCUAAAUUCCACCUAGUUGACCUGGCUGGAUCAGAGAGAGCUAAGAAAACGGAAGCAGUUGGUGAACAGUUCAAGGAAGGAGUGAAAAUCAAUCAAGGUUUGUUGGCACUUGGUAACGUUAUAUCAGCUCUAGGUUCAUCUAAUCAGAAUAGCGGGCAUGUUGGCUAUCGAGAUUCCAAGCUAACGCGAUUAUUGCAAGAUUCACUCGGAGGAAAUUCGAAGACGUUAAUGAUUGCAUGUGUGAGUCCGGCUGACUACAAUUGCGAUGAAACGAUUGGUACAUUGCGAUACGCCGACAGAGCACGUAAAAUCAAAAACAAACCGGUCGUCAACGAAGAUCCAAAAACAGCUGAGAUCAAUCGACUCAAAGCGGAGAUUCAAUCGCUUCGAGUCGAAUUGUUGUCGAAGAGUGGCGUUGGUAUGACAGCCGUAGAGAAAUGCAAGUCUUGCGCUGAACCACCAACAAAAGCGCAGCUGCAAAAGGAGAACCGCGAAAUGGCCGAGAAAAUGCAAUUGGCGCUGUUUGAAAUGGCCCAUCGCGAGAAUGUAUUGACCGAGUAUGAGGAGACGAUUGAAUCGUUGAAUGCGAAAGUUAGUGAUUUGAAGGAGCAGAUCAUUCAAUUGGACAAGGCAAAUACAACGAACAUGUCACCCGAUGAGCUGAAAGAAUACGGAGAAAAGGUUCACCAGAUCACAUCAACGAUUCUUGACUUGACACAACACAUGAAAGAACGAAAUGAUUGCAUCGUACAAAAUUCAAAGCCGUCAGAAUCAAAUUCGCUCAAUGGAUCGACACGGAUAUCACUUGCAGAUAGCGCGGAAGUUACAGAAACUAACGUCAACUACAUCAAUCAACAGACUGAAUAUCAGCAAGAGCUGCGCGAUGUUAAGUCAGCGUUGAAUAUCAAAGAGUUUCUUCACCUGAGGCUGAUUGAAAACCACAAAAAGGUCGAAACGAAAUACAUCGAAGAAAAAAUGCAAGGGUUUCAAGAUAUGAUCAAGAAACUGGAAAAGGAGCAAGAAGAGCUAAAAGCUGCGCUACGUGGCAAAAAUGGUUCAGUGUCCGUUAAGUUGGCCGAAGAGCGGCGAAAGCGUGUGCAACAGCUUGAAGGUCAGAUUUCUGUAUUCAAGCAGAAGAACAAGGAACAGGCUCAAUUGCUGAAACAACACGAAAAAGAUGGUGAUGCAAUCAAGAAACUGAGCAACGAAAUCAUGGAAAUGAAACAGGCCAAGGUGAAACUAAUCAAAAAGAUGAAAUCCGAGAGCGAUGAGUUUCGACAAUGGAAAGCCCAGCGUGAAAAGGAAAUUGUUCAGAUGCGCACGAAAGAACGAAAACUUGAGUCGGAAGCAGUGAAAAAGAAUUUAUUGAAUGAAAAACAACGCAUUGUGUUUAAGCGCAAAUUGGAAGAAUCAAAUGCGCUCAACAAGCGGUUGAAGGAGGCCCUACUCAAAGUCCAGAAGAAUAAAGAGAAUAAACAGGCAAACAAAGGUGUUCCGAUGCAAAAGUCGGCUUGGUUGAAUGAAGAGAUUGAGGUGAUCUCGUCAAUUGUUGAUAUCAAGCAGUCGUACGAGCAGCUCAAUGAGGCUAGAGCCGAACUCACCAAGAAAUUGAAUCAAGCAAAGCGUCAAAAGCCAAUCGACAAGGAUUUAAUCAAGGAAAUUGAUGAAGAAAUUGCGAUGCACAAUGCCCAAAUCGAUAAUUUACGCGGCAAAAUAAAUGCAAACGAUCUCGAUUCAAAGUUAAAAUCGAUUCAGGAUUCAUACACAAGCCUGCCAGAGAGUCGAAGCAUUGUCCGGCAUUUGCUCAACCAUUUGGUGGAAAAUCGUGGCACAUUCAACACUCAUUUUGCACAAGCACGCGAUUUGAAGCACAAGGUUGAAGCGUUGGAGGAAGAGAAACAACAGAUGGCCGUACAACACAAACAAAAAUUGGACGAAGCCCAGAAAAACCUAAUUCAAUUGAGGACGGAAAAUGUUGAGAAACAAUCAGUUCUGCUGAAGGCGCUUGCAUCUGAAGGAUCUCAAUCAGAGCUGAUUGAAUUGUUGCAGCGGCAAUUGGAUGAAAAAGACGCAGAGAUCGCGAAGCUCAAGAAAUCGAAGCUGGUCUACAAACGCCCGAUCAAGCAGAUUUUGCAAGAGGCAACCUUUGAGCUGAAUGACACCGUAGAGACGAUCAACGAUAGCGAUGAUGACGAUGAUGACGAUCCAGACUGGACAAAGACGCCGUUGCAGAAGGCAACACGCAAGAAGCGUUCGUAUUCACAGAACUCAACUGAGAACGAUACAACAGUUGAUCCGUCGUCAAAGCUGGCAAAAGCCCCCGCAAAGCGAUCAAAAUCGUUGAAAAGUGGUUGCGGAUGCAAGACGGGCUGCAAAUUGGGUAAAUGUGGCUGCCGCGUCAAUGGACAUCCUUGUGGAGAUUCCUGCGGUUGCGUUUCAUUGAAAAAUUGUACAAACUACCCCGGAGGAGACAGUAGUGCUGGUAGCCUAAAACGUGAGCGUUCGGUCAACGAAGAAAGUACGAAUAACAAUGAAGAAAAUAAGGAGAACCUCGACGAAGUGGUACCAUGCACACCACCGAAGAAAUUACGUACUGAGGACAUCAUUAACCCAUACGUUUAUUCGCAUAAGAAGCGCAACCCAAUUUUCACUUCUAACGUCAACAAUGACAAUUAAUCUAACAAGAUAUUUUAUGAUUAGCAUUAAGAUAACAUUAAAUUAAAACCAUUGCAUCAUAAAAAAUCAAA